GAGCCAUCUUUGCGCCCGGCGCACUGGCGCGGGGUUCGCAUCCCGGGGCCUCGGGGGCGGGCGCGCCGGCGGGGCGAUGCCCGAGGGGCGCCAUGGAUCCUUGGCAGGGGUGUUUCUUCAACGCACGCCGCCCCCGCCCUGGCCACGGCUAUGAGCACAGCAAGGCCAGACCGCAGCAGCCGCGGCAGGAAUCGCGCACCGAUAGCUUCCGGCUCCAGCAAAUAGAGUUUCUCAAGGGGCGGCUCUCGGAAGUGCCCCUGACUGGAACGCGGGCACCGUCCCUGCCACCACCGGUAGUGCCCCCAGGAUUCUGGCCCAGGUUUCCGGGACCACCUGUUAGAGCCAGGCAGCCUGAGAUCUGGGGGGUCUGCAGCCGCGUGCCUCUCAGAGGUCAGGGGCUGCAGGCAGUGCCCCAGCUUCCCCUGCCAGGUGGCAGGGGCCUGCCGUGGAGAGGUGCUGACCGGCUCUCCUCCCGCUUCCAGGGACUGAGCAUCAGUCAGGGCCACGAGGAAAGGAUCUUAGAGUUCCUAAAGGAGCUUGGGGAAGGGAAGGACACCACAGCGCGGGAGCUGGCCAGGAAGCUCAGGGUCCCCAAGAGAGAGGUCAAUCAAGCUUUGUACUCCCUGGCAAAGAAGGGUCAGCUGCACAGGAAGCAGGGCACACCCCCUUUGUGGAGCGCUGCGGCCUCCGUUCCUGCCUGGAGCCAGCCCGGCACCCCUGCACAGCCCGGCACCCCUGCACAGCCCGNCCUUCAGAGCCAGGGAGCCCCAAGCCCAGAGCCCAAGUCGGAAUCUGAAGAGAGUCACCCCACAUCUGACUCAGAAGAUCCUCCCGAGCCUUUGGACAUGGCUGAGAUCAAGGAGAAGAUCUGCGACUACCUGUUCAACGUGACUAACUGCUCCGCCCUGAGUCUGGCUAAAAACAUCGGCUUCACCAGAGCCCGAGAUGUGAACGCAGUGCUGUGCGACAUGGAAAAGCAGGGCGACGUCUACCGGCAAGGGGCCAUCCCCACCUGGUACCUGACGGACAAGAAGCGAGAGAGGAUGCAGAUCAAGAGGAGCACACAGAGUGCCCCCGCGGCCACCCAGGGUGCUGUCCCCGCCACCAGCAGGAACACGGCAUUCCCCACCUAUCACCUCCCCCCAUCCAAUGCCCCAAACAAUACGAUGCCCACAGAAAAGGCGGAGAAUGGGCAGGACCCGCUCAUAAGGUUAGAAAGUAGACAGGAGCCCAGACCAGGGUUCAUAAAACUGAGGCCCCCUGUUUAUCACAAUGGCCCCUCAAAAGCAGGGUAUGUGGACUUUGAAAAUGGCCAGUGGGCCACAGAUGACAUCCCGGAUGACCUGAACAGCAUCCACGCGGCCCCGGGCGAGUUCCGAGCCAUCAUGGAGAUGCCCUCCUUCUACAGCCACGGCUUGCCUCGGUGCUCGCCCUACAAGAAGCUGACCGAGUGCCAGCUGAAGAACCCCGUCAGCGGGCUGCUGGAGUACGCGCAGUUCGCCAGCCAGACCUGCGAGUUCCACCUCAUCGAGCAGAGCGGGCCCCCCCACGAGCCCCGUGCUGGGGACCGAGCCCAGGCUCUAAUGCCACCGAGCCACACCCCCAGGCCUCCCCUAUUUUUUAGGACCUUCCUGAGGAGGCCAGUCCACCUCGUUUGCUUUAGGAUGAAGGCUUUUGGGUUGCUGUCGAGACUCUCAUGGUUUAAGUUCCAGGUCGUCAUCAGCGGCCGAGAGUUCCCCCCGGCAGAAGCCGGCAGCAAGAAGGUGGCCAAGCAGGACGCAGCUCUGAAAGCCAUGACCAUCCUGCUUCGGGAGGCCAAAGCCAAGGACAGCGGGAAGCCAGAGGACUUGUCCUGCUGUUCCACAGAAAAGGAGCCAGAGGAGGCAGCAGAGCCCCAGCCCACCGCCACCUCAACGUCGUCCCUGUUUUCUGGGAAGAGCCCCGUCACUACCUUGCUGGAGUGUAUGCACAAACUGGGCAACUCCUGUGAAUUCCGGCUCCUGUCCAAAGAAGGCCCUGCCCACGACCCCAAGUUCCAGUACUGUGUGGCGGUGGGAGCGCAGACCUUCCCUACCGUGAGUGCCCCCAGCAAGAAAGUGGCCAAGCAGAUGGCCGCAGAGGAGGCCAUGAAGGCCCUGCACGAGGAGGCCGCCAACUCGGUUGAUGACCAGUCUGGAGGUGCCAACCCAGAAUCACUUGACAACCUGGACGGGAUGCCCAACAGGAUCAGGAGGAUCGGUGAGCUCGUCAGAUACCUGAACACCAACCCCGUGGGCGGCCUGUUAGAGUACGCCCGCUCCCAUGGCUUUGCUGCGGAGUUCAAGUUGGUGGACCAGUCCGGCCCCCCUCAUGAGCCCAAGUUCAUUUACCAAGCGAAAGUCGGGGGCCGCUGGUUCCCAGCCGUCUGCGCGCACAGCAAGAAGCAAGGCAAGCAGGAAGCCGCCGACGCGGCCCUCCGCGUCCUGAUUGGGGAGAGCGAGAAGGCGGAGCGCAUGGGUUUCACAGAGGUAACCCCAGUGACAGGGGCCAGUCUCAGAAGAACUAUGCUCCUCCUCUCCAGGUCCCCAGAAGCGCAGCCAAAGACACUUCCUCUCACUGGCAGUACCUUCCACGACCAGAUAGCGAUGCUGAGCCACCGGUGCUUCAACGCCCUCACAAACAGUUUCCAGCCCUCCCUGCUCGGCCGCAAGAUCCUAGCCGCCAUCAUUAUGAAGAAAGACCCUGAGGACAUGGGUGUCGUGGUGAGCUUGGGGACAGGGAAUCGCUGUGUGAAAGGAGACUCCCUCAGCCUCAAGGGAGAGACCGUCAACGACUGUCACGCGGAGAUCAUCUCCCGGAGAGGCUUCAUCAGGUUCCUCUACAGUGAGUUGAUGAAAUACAACCCCCAGACGGCGAAGGACAGUAUAUUUGAGCUUGCCCGGGGAGGAGAGAAGCUCCAGAUAAAAAAGACUGUUUCGUUCCACCUGUACAUCAGCACCGCCCCGUGUGGAGACGGCGCCCUCUUCGACAAGUCCUGCAGUGACCGCGCCCUGGAGAGCACAGACUCCCGCCACUACCCUGUCUUUGAGAACCCCAAACAAGGCAAGCUGCGCACCAAGGUGGAGAAUGGGGAAGGCACGAUCCCUGUGGAGUCCAGUGACAUUGUGCCUACGUGGGAUGGCAUCCGGCUCGGGGAGAGACUCCGCACCAUGUCCUGUAGUGACAAAAUCCUGCGCUGGAACGUGCUGGGCCUGCAAGGGGCACUGCUGACCCACUUCCUACACCCUGUGUAUCUCAAAUCUGUCACACUGGGGUACCUUUUCAGCCAAGGACACCUGACCCGGGCUAUCUGCUGUCGUGUGACAAGAGACGGGAGUGCGUUUGAGGCUGGAUUACGAUACCCCUUUAUCGUCAACCACCCGAAGGUUGGCCGAGUCAGUGUCUAUGACUCCAAGAGGCAAUCCGGGAAGACGAAGGAGACGAGCGUCAACUGGUGUCUGGCUGACGGCUUCGACCUGGAGAUCCUGGAUGGUACCAGGGGCACCGUGGACGGGCCACGGAAUGAGCUGUCGCGGGUAUCGAAAAAGAACAUUUUCCUGCAGUUUAAGAAGCUCUGCUCCUUCCGGUACCGCAGGGACUUACUGAAGCUCUCCUACGGCGAGGCCAAGAAAGCCGCGCGCGACUACGAGAUAAACAAGAACUACUUCAAAAAGAGCCUCAAGGACAUGGGCUACGGGAACUGGAUAAGCAAACCCCAGGAGGAGAAGAACUUCUAUCUGUGCCCCGUACCCAACGACUGAGGCCGGGGGCUGGCGGGGAGGGGGGUCCUGGCAUUCCUCAUCACGUUGGCCGAGGGGGUAACCUUUUCCUUUUUUUUUUUUUUAAUGGAACCAUAAUUAGAGACACUGAGGACUUUGGGUUCCCUUUAUCCUGCUUUCUUUGGGGUUUCUAGGCCGAAUCUGGCCGGGCCCCUUCUCUCACUUCACGUGAGAGGCCCAGACCCACAGGCAGAGAAAGGGGUUCACCUUUCCGCCCCGAGCAGAAGCAGUCACCCCGCCCCUGUGGCCCUCCUCCUGAGCUCUGUUUCCCCUGUCCUUUUUGUGGGUGUGUUUCUACACUGACCUCUCUUGGACUUGAUCAGGUUCCAGUCAGUUCUCUGUGAACCGUGUCAGGGACCAAGGAUCCCGGUUAUGGGUCCCACAGGCCCCUCUGUUCCCCACCCCCGGCUUCUGAGACUCCUACCUGAGAUCCCUGAGUUUCUCCUCCCACCCCGGAGGGUAAAGAGGUGGACCUCGGGAGUUAGGUGAAGGAUUUACAAGGGCGGGAGUUGAAGACUACGGGUGAUGGACUUCCAGUGCCAAUGGAAGUGGGAUUGGAAUCUGCGAACCCUGCUCAGCAGUGGGAACCUGCACCGUAGCCAGGAAAAAGCCGCUGCUCGCGAAGUGCAUCCCUUCCUGGGGCAGCAGGAAGUUGAGAACCAGGAGAGGGGCUAGGAAGUUAUCCACGCCCUAGGCGGUCCCCCCUGCAGAGUGACACAGACCACUACCAGGGGCACAGACAGACGUUCCUUGGGCUAUUGCCCAUCUCCCAUCAGCCCAUAAGCCCAUAGACCCCAGUAAACUAGUGUGAAAAACUUCAGGACAAUUCUUAGAGGGUAAAUCGUCUGCUCAGAUAGUUAGGACUUAGCAAGAAUGGAGCAAAAAUCAUGUCUGGACAAAUCAUUGUUCUGUGUAGCACAAUAUUUCUCAGCACUGAUCCAAGGGAAGUUGACUAAACCCAGUAGAAUUAGGGCUCUUCUAAGGAAUGCCAGAGUCAUUGGUUCUCAAGUGCAGUUGCACAGAUUUAAAAUGCAGACGGCCUUUUCCAUCCAUCCCAGGGCCACGUCUUGUCAGGUGGCUCUGGGACGGGCCAAGCCAGUGCCUGCAGAUGAUUUCCCACACUCUGCCUCCCACCCACAAACUGCUGACUGGUCCCCCACCUGGUCUGCCCACCUCUUCAGUAGUGGAUAUGUCUGUGUUUGCACUUUGAUCUCUCUGGCUACUUUCUGUACCUGUGACCAAAAACUGAACGAAAUAAUAAUGCAGGUUUUUAAAAAGACACUAAGGAUGUCUUUGUGGGACACUGAAGCAUCCCAAGGGAACUGGUGGGGAAUGGGGCCUGUCUCUGGGGGAGAAGGGGCGGGGGCUUUGUGAAUACUGCCAAGCUUGGAGUGUUAGCUGAAGGCACGUGACUUCAGUGCUGACCUGCGGAGUGACAGUGCUCACUGUGUGGGGACAGGUCCUCCCGGCUGUAGGAUGACUACCUACCAGUUCCUCAGGAUGUCUGGCAGCUUGGGUCUGCCUUGGGCAUUAGAAUCUCUGGCAGAGAUCUGACUCAGCAGUCCCCCACCCCAUCACUGGGAGCCCAGGGGCUCUCAAGAGAUCAGAGCCCCACUCGCCCCCAGGAUCUAGUCUGGCAAACUUGUCACAUUCAGUUUCUGCUGUAAGAAGAAAGCGAGAGGCACCCCUGCCCUCCACCCCCUGCUGGAAUUGAGCCGUGUCAGGCCCCGCCCCCCGCGCCCCAGGCCCCGCCCCUCGCAGUCACACAGGACCCUGGGCAGAGCGUCCCCGUGUUCACUUCUGUCCGAUCUUUGUUUCAAUAAGCAAGACCCCUCCCUCCUUUCUUUAAUGGUUUUUGUAGUUGAUUUGUCUGAACUGUGGCUAUUGUGCAUUAUCUUUGAAUAAUCACUUGUAAAAAUCGUUGAUGCUUGAAGCUAUUUCCUUUACCCAAGUUGAAAGGACUCUGUUGGCUUUGGGGUCUUGACAGCGACUCCAAGAGCAGAGUGGGGAAGAGCCCAGGCAGAGCCUGGUGCCGGGCGGCUGCAGUCCAGUUUCACGAUUCUGCUUUGUGUCUACCUUCAAGUGACUCACAGUAUACAUUCCUCCGAAAUAAAAGCAGUGAACAGUCUGAAUCCUUA